AUGUUCAAUGUUGAUAUGCCUAAACGACUGCCAUUAUCUUCAGCUACGCUUAAUAUCAAACCUUUGAAUAGUUCAGCUUUAUCAUCGUUUUUAAUGGAAGAUACAGUUGAGACCAUUUUCAAUCGGCUGAUGAUUGAAGAGUGGAAAAUGAGCUCAAGCUUCGAUGGCUACUAUAAUAGUUGUGCUCCUGCUACCUGUACAUACAGAAUCGUAAAGCGAAUGGACCAUGUUUAUGUUGUUGCAAUUGUCGGUGGACUAUUUGGUGGUCUUGCCACUAGUCUUCGUCUUAUUGUUCCGGUUAUUGCAAAACUUUUCUACUGGAUUAUCCUUCAUCAACGUCGACGUCGAGCAAAUAUCCGUAAUCAACAGCUUGAUAGACAUGAAGGUAAAUAA